AUGUCUUCAACUCGAUUUUUUUCACGUAUUUCGGUUACAAAUCCAAAUAUCAUGUUUUUUAAAACUCGCCUUAAUUUACAAGUCAUUCCGGCUCGUAAUAUGAGUGCUUUUGCAAAAUUUAUGGAAACAAUAAAAGAACAACUUGAAAAGAAUAAAGAAUUGCAACAGAAUGUAAAAUUGUUGCAAGAUCACGCUGGCCACCUUGGUGAAUCAGAGACUUUACGAAAAGCAAAACAAGUUUAUGCAAAGGCAAAGGAAGGGGCUGAAUCUACCACAACAUUUGGAUCAGAAAAACUUAAAGAGAUAAAAAAAUCAGCCGAAAAAAUAAGUGUUAGUGUGUCGGAAACGUUAAAAGAAGUUGGCGAGACACCAUUUGUUAAAGGAACUCAAGAAAAGAUUUCAAUAGUGACAGAUAAAGUAUCUUCAGCUACUGAACCCAUAAGGCAAACAAAAGCAUAUGAGAAUAUUCGUGAUACAAUAAAAGAGACUGUGGGUGAUGAUGCAUCACGUUAUGGUGGAUUUGUCGAUAAAGAGACUAGACGAAAAAUGAAAGAGGAGGCAAUUUCCAAUUCUGAAAGAAAUAGUGUUAAAAUAAAUCCAAAAGCUGGUUCUUCGGUGGUUCUUCAUAAAGAUUCGGCCUGGAAAGAAAGUUGGAACAAGUUUAAGGAAACCAAUCCAAUCAUGCAAGGAAUGUUUAACUUGAAAAAAAGUUAUCAAGACAGCGAUAGUAUUAUUAUCAGUUUUACCCGAGGAUUCACUGAUCGAAUAUCAGAGGCAUUAGGCUCUUUCUUUGAAGAAAAUGAAACGGCAUUUGCUAUUCGUCAGCUUAAGCUGAAAGAUCCAAAAUUUAAUUUGGAAGAUUUUAUGGAAGAAGCUAGAAAGUUUAUCGUACCAGAAAUUAUGGAAGCAUAUUUAAAAGGAGAUGCCGAAACCUUGAAAAUAUGGUGUUCAGAAGCGAAAUGUCGAGCCAAAGUAUUAGAUAAUGAUGUACCAGUGUUAGUUCUAUCAUUUCAUGCACAAGAAGUCGUCGUCUUUCGUGAUAAAAUAACAAAAGAAAUAAUAUAUGGAAGAGAAGACCAAAUUGAUCAAGCUACUUAUGCUUGCGUCAUUACAAAGCAAGAAGACAUGUUGACCGAUCCCUUGACCAAUGGAUGGAGAGUCAUAGAUAUGGCCAAACAUGGAUCACAAACUUUGCUUUGGUAG